AUGGCGGCAGGAUGCGAUAGCUCUCGGACGGAAUCCCAAGUGGAAUGGGUACCCGCUUCGGGAUACUGGCAGGGAAUCGCUUCUUUGAAUGCAAUCAAAGGUGGCAGAGAGGUAGACGGGAGGGCACUCUAUGUCGCUCGUGCGACGCAUCAGGGUGGCAUUCAUCCUGGUAAGACUGACGGCUCUGAGACCCAUUUCUCCUACGGAGGGAUGGAAAUUCGGCUGUAUACAGGCUAUGAGUUGCUCGUCGGUCCUCGCCAGUCCCUUCGUUGGGUGGCGAUAUCCGGGAGACUGACUCGUGGUAAGCUCGACGGCGCUAUACCUGUACGUGCUGGCAAUGAAGCGGACGGAACACCCCUGUUCUCCGCACGAGCAAGCAUGUAUAAUGGAGUCCAUAUUGGCAAGGUGAAGUUUGGCGGAAACGCUCACGUCCCGUAUGGUGGUCGCGAAAGGUUUGCCACAGAAUACGAUGUUCUCGUUCAUACUUGA